CAGACGAGCCAAGAUGAGUUACGGAGCUGAAUCGUUUUCCUCCUCUUCCUACCGAAGGAUUUUCGGGGAAUCUCCCCGUUAUUCUUCCUCCCCCGCACGCCCCACGAUGUCUUCUCGCGGGGGAUACCGGUCCACCUCUCUGUCUCGGAGCAGCGCCUCAUCAAUGGGCUCCUAUAGAAAGUCCGGUGGUCGUUCAUUUUCUUCUAUGCCGCUGGAGAGCUUCGACCUGAAUCAAAGUAACGUCCUCAACAAUGAGUUUAAAAUUGUCCGCACUAAUGAGAAGGAGCAGAUGCAAGGUCUAAAUGACCGUUUUGCGAUGUUUAUUGAAAAAGUGCGCAACUUGGAGCAGCAGAACAAAGUCUUGGAGACGGAGCUGGUGGCGCUGCGCCAGAGGCAGAGUGAGCCGUCCCGCCUGGCCGAGCUCUACCAACAGGAGAUCCGCGAGUUGCGCUCCCAAAUCGAGGAACUCAACGGAGAGAAAUCCCAGCUUCUGAUCGACAGAGACCACGUCGAGGACGACCUCCAGAAGGUGAGAGUCAAGUACGAAGAAGAGUUCCGUGCGCGGGAGGAAGCAGAGGCUGCGCUCAAGGCUUUUAAGAAAGACGUGGACGAUGCCACCAUGGUGCGUCUGGACCUGGAGAAGAAGGUCGAGUCCCUGCUGGACGAAAUUAACUUCCUCCGAAAGGUGCACGAGGAGGAGGUGGCCGAGCUGACCGACAUGAUCCAGGCUGCGCAGAUCUCUGUAGAGAUGGAGGUGGCCAAACCAGACCUGACCUCCGCCCUUAAGGAAAUCCGCGGCCAGUACGAGUCCAUGGCUUCCAAGAACCUGCAGUCUGCGGAGGAGUGGUACAAGUCCAAGUUUGCAGACCUGUCUGAGCAGGCCAACCGCAGCAACGAGGCAAUCCGCGCAAGCAGGGAAGAAGUUAACGAGUUCCGCAGGCAGCUGCAGUCCAGGACCAUCGAGAUUGAGGGCCUGAGGGGCACCAACGACUCUCUGGAGAAGCAGCUUCGUGAGAUGGAGGACAGGCAUUCGAUGGAAAUCGCAGGAUACCAGGAGAAUAUGGCAGAGCUUGAAAAUGAGUUGAGGACCACUAAGAAUGAGAUGGCUCGUCAUCUGAGAGAAUACCAGGAGCUGCUGAAUGUUAAAAUGGCACUGGAUAUCGAAAUUGCAGCAUACAGAAAGCUGCUUGAGGGAGAGGAGACUCGCAUUGGGACAGGGAUCACCUACUCCACCCCCUCCAUUACCAGUGGGGGGAUGCAGAGCUAUGGAUACACAUCCCAAAUGUACUCCAGCUCUACUAAAGCAGUCAAGAAAGAGAGCAAAAUCGAGGAACCGCCCCAGAAGACCGCAGCCAAGGUGUCCCAUGUUUAUGAGGAAACCAUUGUCACCACCAAGAAGACAGAGAAGCAGCCAGAAGCCAGCACUACCCCUACCACCCAGAAAAACUAAAGAGCAUAAUGUAGUGUAUACUCUCUGUUAAGCCUCCUUUUAAACCUCUGUACCUGGAGCCUCUUCACUUAGCACUGAUGAGUUUUGACAGAUUGUGUGAAGUGUGAAGUGUUAGAUGUGGAGCCGUGUGCAAGUGUAAGCCUUCCUCUUUUCCUCUAUAUCCCACACAUAUCUUUCCCAAACAGGAAACAGUAGUUUACAACCAUAGACUGUAUAGUCUAUGUUUACAACAAUAACAUCACAUAACUCAAAAUGCAUUUGCUCGUAUCAUAUUUACCACCUGUAGUUUUAUGGAAACAAUGGGUUGUGGCUCAUUGACCAGCACAAGCAGGAAGUGAAGCUGAUUUGGUUGGUAAUAUGCACAUAUGCUAGAUCUCAGAAGCACACAGUGUAAAAUGUAACAAGCAACAAGCUUUUUUAUCUGGUACAAAUCUCCUAUUCUAAAAUGCACUACUG